AUGAGGAUGUCCCGCCUGGCACUGGCCUCCUCUGCGAGGAUUCCCAGGCACUUAUCCAAGAACCAGAGGGUGCCGAGUGCCUACAGGACUGGCCCUCCUGCCUGGCGUGCCCAGCAGGUGCAGAUACCGUUGCAGUUCAAAAAAAUGUUUAAUCAAGAAACUCCAAAGCUGCAAAGUGUCCCCUGGGCGCCGCCGGACCAGCCCAGGCACCAGAACCUCAUCGUCAGUAUUCUGAUGCUAUUGACUGCUUAUGACCCUGACAGAUUCUUUGAGCAAAUGCUCCUUGUUGCAUUGGCAGCUCCUGACCUAUUAGACCCCAAAACAGCAACUCAGAAUGCCAAACCAAGGCUAUCCUUUUCUGCAAAACCGACCGUUUUAACUCCAGGAGAUGACAGCGACCUGAACCCAACUGUCAUGAAAUGGAAGACCGCCUCAGCUAAUUUUCUGGUGGUGGUGCUUUAUUUGAUUGUCGGCGCCACUGUAUUCCAAGCGCUUGAACAGCCUGCCGAAAGCUCUCAGAAGACUGCAAUUACCAUCCAGAAACUGGAGUUUCUGGAAAAGCACAUGUGUGUCAAUUCCUUGGAACUAGAACUAUUGAUUCAGCAUCUGAUGGAAGCUGUAAAUGCAGGUGUUAAUCCUGCAGGGAAUUCUACCAAUCAAACCAGCCACUGGGACUUGGGCAGUUCCUUCUUCUUUGCUGGCACCAUUAUAACUACCAUAGGUUUUGGAAAAAUUUCUCCAACUACUGUGGGUGGAAAAGUAUUCUGCAUUAUUUAUGCUUUGUUAGGAAUUCCACUCUUUGGGUUUUUACUUGCUGGUGUUGGUGACCAGCUGGGAACCAUAUUUGGAAAAGGAAUCGCCAAAGUGGAAGAUGUAUUCCUUGAAUGGAAGAUUAGUCAAACCAAAAUUCGUGUGAUCUCUACUUUUAUAUUUAUAUUGUUUGGAUGUCUGUUGUUUGUGGCUAUCCCUGCUAUAAUUUUUAAACAUAUAGAAGGUUGGACAGCUUUGGAGUCUAUCUAUUUUGUAGUGAUCACCUUGACGACGAUUGGAUUUGGUGACUUUGUAGCAGGAGAGAGUCCUGAUAAAGAAUAUUUAGACUGGUACAAACCUGCUGUAUGGUUCUGGAUCCUAGUAGGACUUGCUUACUUUGCCGCAGUUCUGAGUAUGAUUGGAGAUUGGCUUCGUGUCAUAUCAAGGAAAACAAAAGAAGAGGUUGGGGAAAUGAGAGCCCAUGCUGCUGAAUGGACAGCCAAUGUCACGGCAGAUUUGAAAGAGACUCGCAGAAGGCUGAGUGUGGAAAUUUAUGACAAGUUCCAAAGAGCUGCAUCCAUCAAAAGGAAACUGUCCUCAGAACUAGGCGGGCAGCAAAUGCAAGAGUUAACUCCGGGCAAAAGAACAUUGUCAGUUAAUCUAGCUGAUGAAAAAGAUACUCUGCCAACUUUGUCAAAAAAUGGUAGUCUUUAUCUUAAUGGCUUAAGUUCUCAAUAUGCCAGUGGAGAGAUCUCAGUAAUUGAGGCCAUUAAGUAG